AUGCAUGGGGGUAGGGUGGGCGUGGGGAUGGGGAUGGAGUUGGGGUUGGGCAGGGGUAGGGGUUGGGGUAGGGGUAGGGGUAGGGUGGGAAGUUUUGGUGUGAUCAACAAGGAGCCUACUAAAAGAUUUUUCUUCGCUACAAAGAACAAUGACAAGUUCAAUCUCGCUAAGGUUUCAAUUGACUCUGAUGUGAAAUCUUCAAUAUCAACAGCCAAAAAGGAAACCACGUUGAAGGAAAAGAAAGCGAAAGAAUACAAUCUCAAGAGAGUAAUAGUACCGGGGGACACUCAAACCGAUCAGUCUAUGUCUUGGAGGAUGCCUCAUAAGAAAAGAGGACAAAAAGAUCCAGGAUUUAACUUGGAUUAUUUACCACCAAAGACUCAUCCCCCUGUCCACAAUUGA